GUUGGACAAAGGAUUUUAACACGAACACAUUUGUGCUUCCAUCGUUUUUGACUAGGCAACUUUCAGAGAAGGGCGUAAAUUACCAUUGGUUGCUAUCUACCACCUCUCUCGCGCCCAACACGCAUCCUCUUUCGUCUUCUCCGAUUCUUCUUCUCAAAAUUUCUCUCAUUCUAUUCGCUCUUUUGAUCUCUCUCCUCUCUUUCUCUGCAUCGAAUAAUUGUCGUGAAUCCGUUUUUUUUUUAAAAGGUGGUUCCAAAUAAUCAAUUUGAACGAGUAUCUGUUAGGUUCUUAAAACAAUAGUGUAAUGGAAGAAGAAGAAGAAAAGAAGGAGGUUGGAGAGAUUUAUCGUAGGAAUGUAGAUACAUCUAAUGUAGCUAGUGCUGUACAGGAUAAGUUAGGGACAUCUCAACAAGUAAAUCUUCUCUAUAUAGAUGGUGUUGAAGCCAAGACAGAAAAUGAUAAUCUAGUUUCAGAAGGGAUCAAUUCUGGAACUACAACUGUGGAUGAAGGCCACUUUGAACAGGUUUCUUUGAAAGAUCAAGAGAACUCUGUGGAUGAAUCUCGGGGUGGUCACAUGGAUUCAAAUCGAUCAUCCCAUUCAGAUUAUGGGAGAUACUCAUCUGGUGGGAUUGAAGAAGGCUCUGAACACUUAUCUGAUACAUAUAGGACGGAACAUGAUUAUUUCCCAGUCACUGAACCACAACAUGAUCGUUCUAUUUCAAGCCCUGGGCCUGAAAGGGAAAUAGAUUUUUACUUGAGGCAAUCGCAUUCUGCAGCUAAUCUGAAUUCUGGUUUCUACACAGAAUCUGGAUACUCUCCUAUUGAUUCCCCCAAAAAAGUCAAGCCAAAAGCUGUUAUGCCAAAUGUGUCUCCGGAGUUAUUACAUUUAGUGGAUUCUGCCAUCAUGGGAAAGCCUGAAAGUUUGGACAAGCUGAAGAAUAUUGUAAGUGGAGUUGAGGGUUUUGGAAGUGGGGAGGAUGCAGAGAGCAUUGCUUUCUUGGUUGUUGAUUCACUUCUUGCCACAAUGGGUGGAGUUGAAAGUUUUGAAGAGGAUGAAGACAGCAAUCCUCCAAGUGUAAUGCUAAACUCUCGUGCCGCCACUGUGGCAGGUGAACUUAUUCCUUGGCUUCCUUGUGUAGGUGACACUGAGAUUUAUAUGUCCCCUAGGAUGCGAAUGGUUCGGGGAUUGCUUGCUAUUUUACGGUCUUGCACAAGAAAUAGAGCAAUGUGCUCUAUGGCUGGUUUAUUAGGAGUUCUUUUGCGAUCAGCUGAGAAGAUUUUUGUCCAGGAUGUUGAUUCAGUUGGUCGUGUGAAAUGGAAUGGAACUCCUUUAUGCUACUGCAUUCAGUACUUAGCAGGACAUUCUCUUAGUGUCCUUGAUUUGCAUUAUUGGUUUCAGGUUAUUACUAAAACACUUACAACUAUCUGGGCAAAUCGUUUAAUGCUUGCAUUAGAGAAGGCAAUGGGUGGAAAGGAAUCAAGGGGACCAGCAUGUACUUUUGAGUUUGAUGGUGAAAGUUCUGGCCUGCUUGGUCCAGGUGAGAGCCGCUGGCCAUUUACCAGUGGCUAUGCAUUCGCAACAUGGAUCUACAUCGAAUCAUUUGCAGACACAUUAAACACGGCAACUGCUGCAGCUGCAAUUGCUGCUGCUGCUGCUGCUAAGUCAGGAAAAUCCUCUGCAAUGUCAGCUGCAGCUGCCGCAAGUGCACUUGCUGGUGAAGGCACGGCACACAUGCCGCGUUUGUUCAGUUUUUUAUCUGCUGAUAAUCAGGGCAUAGAGGCAUAUUUCCAUGCACAGUUUUUGGUGGUUGAGAGUGGUUGUGGGAAGGGUAGGAAGGCUUCUCUGCAUUUUGCUCACGCAUUUAAGCCACAGUGCUGGUAUUUCAUUGGAUUGGAGCAUACAUGCAAGCAGGGACUUUUGGGAAAAGCAGAAAGUGAGCUUAGAUUAUAUAUUGAUGGAUCUUUAUAUGAAAGUCGUCCUUUUGAGUUCCCUCGUAUCUCCAAACCACUUGCCUUUUGUUGCAUUGGUACAAAUCCUCCUCCUACCAUGGCUGGUUUACAGCGUCGUCGACGACAGUGUCCCCUGUUUGCUGAGAUGGGGCCUAUCUAUAUCUUUAAAGAGCCAAUUGGUCCUGAGAGAAUGGGACGUUUGGCCUCAAGAGGGGGGGAUGUGUUGCCUUCUUUUGGUAGUGGAGCAGGACUUCCUUGGCUGGCUAUGAAUGAUCAUGUGCGGAAUAUGGUAGAAGAAAGUUCUCUUCUGGAUGCAGAAAUUGGAGGGUGCAUUCAUUUACUCUAUCAUCCUGGUCUGCUUAGUGGGCGAUACUGUCCGGAUGCUUCUCCUUCUGGCUCUGCAGGCAUCUUACGAAGACCUGCUGAAGUCCUUGGGCAAGUCCAUGUUGCAACAAGAAUGCGACCAGUUGAAUCUUUAUGGGCUUUAGCUUAUGGAGGGCCUAUGUCCUUACUUCCUCUCGUGGUAAGCAAUGUGCAUAAAGAUAGCUUGGAACCAGAAAAGGGAGAUUUUCCUUUGUCCUUAGCAACAACUACACUAGCUGCCCCAGUAUUCCGAAUUAUUUCCUUGGCUCUUCAACACCCAGGUAAUAAUGAAGAGCUGUGUCGUGCGAAAGGGCCUGAAAUUCUCUCAAGAAUCUUAAAUUAUCUUCUCCAUACUCUGUCUUCUCUUGACAUUGGAAACCGUGAUGGUGUGGGAGAUGAAGAACUUGUUGCAGCCAUCGUUUCUCUUUGUCAAUCUCAGAAGAUGAAUCAUGCACUUAAAGUGCAGCUCUUUAGUACUCUACUACUUGAUUUGAAAUUAUGGAGCUUGUGCAACUAUGGAUUACAAAGAGCUAUUAUCAUCGCUUACUUUUUGCGGAGUAUAUUCAUAGCAAUGUGGUGGGAAAGAGUCACUUUCUUGUUCUGCUGCAACGGGAAGUUAAAGCUUGAAGAUUGUGGUGUUACAGAUUCUAUGGAUGAGGGUGACAAGAGCUUUUCAACCAAUGAAACUUCAGUCGAUAGUUGUAGUAGCAUUCCUGAAAAUGGUCAGGAUGAUGAAGUAGGAUCCUUGAAGGAAAGAGAUUCAGGCCCGCAGGGCAAAGAGGAUGAAUAUCCACCCCUUAAUACUGGUAGCAUCCCUGUUGCCACUUUCCCUGGCAUGAACAUGGAGAGAAUGUCAUCAGUUUCUGAAAAUCCUUUUGUCAAGAACUUGGGUGGAAUAAGUCUUUCAAUUAGUGCUGAUAAUGCAAGAAAUAAUGUUUACAAUGUUGAUGAAAGUGAUGGUGUUGUUGUUAGGAUAAUUGGACUGUUGGGUGCUUUAAUAUCAUAUGGGCACCUAAAAUUUGGUUCCCGCACACCAUUGGAUAUGUCAAACAACUUUUUGGCCAGUGGACUGCAUGAUGGUGGGGGCACCAUGUUUGAUGAUAAAGUUUCCCUUCUACUUUUUGCUUUGCAGAAGGCUUUCCAAGCGGCUCCAAAUAGGUUGAUGACUAACAAUGUAUAUACGGCUUUAUUAGGGGCCUCGAUAAAUGCUUCUUCAACUGAGGAUGGACUAAAUUUUUAUGAUUCUGGUCAUCGUUUUGAACAUUCUCAACUUUUGUUAGUCCUAUUGCGCUCGCUGCCAUAUGCUUCUAAGGCUUUACAAAGCCGAGCACUUCAGGAUCUUCUGUUUUUGGCUUGCAGCCAUCCAGAAAACAGAAGCAGUCUGACAAAUAUGGAGGAGUGGCCUGAGUGGAUCUUGGAGAUCCUUAUCUCUAACUAUGAGAAGGAUGUCAGGAAAUCAUCUAGUCAAGUAAGCGCUGCAGAUAUAGAGGACCUAAUACACAAUUUUCUGAUUAUCAUGUUGGAGUAUUCCAUGCGCCAAAAGGAUGGAUGGAAGGAUAUUGAAGCUACAAUUCAUUGUGCAGAAUGGCUUUCUAUUGUUGGUGGCUGUAGCACUGGAGAGCACAGGAUUAGGCGUGAAGAAUCUUUACCAAUAUUUAAAAGAAGGCUUUUGGGUGGGUUGCUAGACUUUGCUGCCAGAGAACUGCAGGCUCAGACUCAAGUUAUUGCUGCAGCUGCUGCUGGUGUUGCAGCAGAGGGUCUUGCACCGAAAGAGGCCAAGGCAGAAGCAGAAAAUGCUGCUCAGCUCUCUGUGUUUUUGGUAGAGAAUGCCAUUGUCAUUUUAAUGCUUGUCGAAGAUCAUCUACGGUUACAGAGCAAACAAUCUUGUGCAUCACGUGUUGUUGAUGCUUCUCCAUCCCCUCUUUCUCUUGUUUCUCCAUUGAAUAACCGUUCCAACUCAUUGACAACGAUUGGGGAAACAGUUGAAAUUUCAAGCAGCCGGGGAUCAUUAUCUAGUGAAGCUGGGGGACUGCCUAUUGAUGUACUUGCUUCAAUGGCUGAUUCUAACGGGCAAAUUUCUGCAACAGUGAUGGAACGACUUACUGCUGCAGCUGCAGCUGAGCCAUAUGAAUCUGUUUCUUGUGCUUUUGUGUCAUAUGGUAGCUGUGCUAUGGAUUUGGCUGAAGGCUGGAAGUACAGGAGUCGAUUAUGGUAUGGUGUUGGUGCUAAUUCGAAAACAACUAGCUUUGGCGGUGGUGGCAGUGGCUGGGACUCCUGGAGAUCAGCUCUGGAAAAAGAUGCAAAUGGGAACUGGAUUGAACUUCCCUUGGUAAAAAAGUCUGUUUCCAUGCUUCAAGCUCUUCUACUAGAUGAGUCAGGACUUGGUGGUGGUCUUGGUAUAGGUGGAGGAUCAGGUACUGGGAUGGGAGGAAUGGCAGCACUCUACCAAUUAUUGGAUAGUGACCAACCUUUCUUAUGCAUGCUAAGAAUGGUGCUUCUUUCGAUGAGGGAAGAAGACUCUGGUGAAGAAAGCAUCCUUAUGAGGAACUUGAGCUUAGAUGAUGGGUUGUCUGAUCCAUUGGAUCGACAAGCAGGGCAUUCUAUAUCCUUAGAUCACAGUUCUCGAAUGUCAAUGAGACAAUCACGGUCAGCACUACUGUGGAGUGUUUUUUCACCUGUUCUAAACAUGCCAAUUUCUGAUUCCAAGAGACAGAGAGUGUUGGUUGCAACAUGUGUCCUUUAUUCCGAGAUAUGGCAUGCUGUUGGCAGGGAUAGAAAGCCACUUCGUAAGCAGUAUCUUGAGGCUAUUAUGCCACCAUUUGUUGCUGUUUUGAGGAGGUGGCGCCCAAUUUUGGCAGGAAUUCAUGAACUUGCCACUGCUGAUGGUUUGAAUCCUCUUAAGGUUGACGAUCGUGCCUUGGCUGCUGAUGCGCUUCCUUUGGAGGGUGCUCUGGCUAUGAUAUCACCUGAUUGGGCUGCUGCUUUUGCAUCACCACCUGCAGCAAUGGCACUGGCAAUGAUUGCUGCUGGUGCAGCUGGUUGGGAGGCGCCAGCACCUCCAACAACUGUUCAACUCAGGCGUGACUCCUCGUUGCUUGAACGGAAAACAACUAGGCUGCAUACUUUUUCAAGCUUCCAGAAGCCUCUGGAAGUGCCGAACAAAACCCCUUCCCUCCCAAAAGACAAAGCUGCUGCUAAAGCUGCUGCCUUGGCAGCUGCACGAGACCUUGAGCGGAAUGCAAAAAUUGGAUCUGGAAGAGGUCUCAGUGCUGUUGCAAUGGCCACAUCUGCCCAGCGGAGGAAUGCUAGUGAUAUGGAGCGUGUAAAGAGGUGGAAUGCUUCUGAAGCCAUGGGCGUUGCUUGGAUGGAAUGUCUUCAACCAGUUGAUACGAGAUCAGUAUACGGAAAAGAUUUUAAUGCUUUAUCAUAUAAAUUUAUUGCUGUCCUUGUUGCAAGUUUUGCCUUAGCAAGAAAUGUGCAACGAUCAGAGGUUGAUAGGCGUGCUCAUGUUGAUGUAAUCACACGACAUCGUUUGUGUACUGGGAUCCGUGCCUGGCGCAAACUCAUUCAUUACUUGAUAGAGAUGCAAUGUCUUUUUGGGCCAUUUGGAAAUCAUUUAUGCAGUCCAGAACAUAUUUUCUGGAAGCUGGACUUCAUGGAAAGUUCAUCAAGGAUGAGGUGGUGUUUGAGGAGGAACUACACUGGGAGUGAUCAUUCAGGAGCUGCUGCCAAUUAUGACGAGCAAAUUGGAGAUAAAAAGGAUAAAGAAAAUGAGAUAAGUCCAUCAAAUGCUCCCAUUCUGACUGCAGAAGCAAUCUCAAUGGAACUAAUGAAUGAAGAGGAUGAACAGAGUGAAAACGAUCCUUUAGAUGGCAAAGCCUAUGACGUUGACCAGAUUGAAGGGAGUCAGCGAAGGUCUUCUGAUGUAACGGGGCAAGUCGUACAGCCAUCAACAGAAUCUGGUGAUGCGCAACUUGCCAGUGACCAAGAUUUGGUCCAAAAUUCAUCAGCAGUUGCACCUGGAUAUGUUCCCAGUGAACUUGAUGAAAGGAUAGUUUUUGAGCUUCCUUCAUCUAUGGUUCGACCGUUGAGGGUUGUACGAGGAACCUUCCAAGUAACAACUAGGAGAAUAAAUUUUAUAGUUGAUAACAGUGAAAAUAGUGCUUCAAGGGAUGAAUCAGAGGGCACUUCAGAAUUGAGGAACGAAGAAAAGAACCACAGUUGGUUGAUGUCUUCUCUUCAUCAGAUUUAUAGUCGUAGGCCAGACCAACUUCUAAAGCGCACCCAUCUGAUGGAGCGUUGGGCUAGGUGGGAGAUCAGCAAUUUUGAAUAUUUAAUGCAGCUGAAUACACUGGCAGGGCGCAGCUAUAAUGAUAUCACUCAAUAUCCUGUUUUCCCAUGGAUUCUUUCUGAUUACACUUCAGAGAAUUUGGAUCUUGCCAAUCCUUCAUCUUUCCGUGAUCUUUCAAAGCCUAUUGGGGCAUUAAAUCCAGACCGAUUGAAAAAAUUCCAAGAGCGAUAUUCCAGUUUUGAUGACCCAGUCAUCCCCAAAUUUCAUUAUGGCUCACAUUACUCAAGUGCUGGAACAGUCCUAUAUUAUCUCGUUAGAGUUGAACCUUUUACAACACUUUCAAUUCAGUUGCAAGGUGGAAAAUUUGAUCAUGCAGAUCGGAUGUUUUCAGAUAUUCCAGCAACUUGGAAUGGAAUCCUUGAGGACAUGAGUGAUGUGAAGGAAUUGGUCCCUGAGCUGUUUUACCUUCCUGAAAUGUUAACCAAUGAAAAUUCUGUUGACUUUGGUACGACACAAUUGGGAGGAAAGCUUGAUUCUGUCAAACUUCCUCCUUGGGCUGAAAACCCAGUUGAUUUUGUUCAUAAGCAUCGGAUGGCUCUUGAAAGUGAGCAUGUAUCUGCACAUUUGCAUGAAUGGAUUGAUCUCAUAUUCGGGUAUAAGCAACGAGGCAGAGAAGCUAUACAAGCAAAUAAUGUCUUUUUCUAUAUUACCUACGAAGGGGCAGUGGACAUUGAUAAGAUCUCAGAUCCAGUACAACAACGUGCUACACAAGAUCAAAUUGCUUAUUUUGGACAAACACCAUCCCAACUUCUGACUGUCCCUCACAUGAAGAAGAUGCCAUUAGCAGAUGUCCUUCAUCUGCAGACCAUCUUUCGGAACCCUAAGGAGAUCAAACCAUAUACAGUUCCAGCUCCUGAGCGGUGUAACCUACCUGCAGCUGCUAUUCGUGCAACUACAGAUACUGUUGUAAUUGUUGAUAUGAAUGCCCCAGCAGCACAUGUCGCACAACACAAGUGGCAGCCAAACACCCCAGAUGGCCAGGGGACUCCUUUUCUCUUUCAACAUGGGAAGGCAACAGCAAGUUCAGGUGGUGGAGCAUUGCUGCGCAUGUUUAAAGGUCCAUCUGGUACCGGUGCUGAUGAGUGGCAAUUUCCCCAAGCACUAGCAUUUCCUUCAUCUGGAAUUAGAAGUUCAGCUGUAGUUGCGAUCACAAGUGAUGGAGAAAUUAUCACUGGUGGACAUGUGGAUAGCAGUAUCAAGCUAUUAUCAUCAGAUGGAGCAAAAACAUUAGAAACAGCUGUUGGGCACUAUGCUCCAGUUACUUGCCUUGCUCUCUCUGCAGAUAGCAACUAUCUUGUGACAGGAUCCCGGGACACUACAGUAUUAAUUUGGAGGAUUCAUAGGGCAUCUCUUUCUCACUCAAGCAGCAUAUCUGAGCUUUCAACUACCACUGGUACACCAUCCUCAACUAGUAGUAGCACUCUAGCAAGUAUUUUGGCUGAUAAAAGUUGGAGGCGUCGUAUAGAAGGUCCCAUACAAGUCUUGCGGGGGCAUCACAGGGAAAUAUCAUGUUGUUGUGUAAGCUCAGAUCUAGGAAUUGUUGUUUCAUGCUCCUAUUCAUCAGAUGUUCUGUUGCAUUCUUUAAGAAGGGGUCGCUUGAUGAGACGGUUGGUUGGUGUAGAGGCCCAUGCUGUCUGCAUUUCAUCUGAGGGGGUUGUGAUUUCCUGGAACAGAUUACAGCACACUCUCAGUACCUUUACAGUUAAUGGAAUUUUAAUUGGUAGAGCAAACCUUCCUUUUUCUGGCAGUAUCAGUUGCAUGGAAAUAUCUGUGGACGGGCAGAGUGCCUUGAUAGGAAUGAACUCAUGUGCGGGUAGCGAUGGAGCCUGCAAUAACAGCAGAGAUUUAGAUUCAAAGAAGCUUGGCACUGAAGAUUCUGAUCUGAAGUUGGAUGAAUCUGCAGACAGUAGUAGAUUGGAUAUACCAACGCCUUCAAUUUGCUUCUUCAAUCUGCAUACUCUGAAGGUAUUUCAUGUGCUAAAGCUGGCUGAAGGACAGGAUAUAACAGCUUUGGCUUUGAACGUGGAUAACACAAAUCUCCUAGUGUCCACUGCAAAUAAACAGUUGAUUAUCUUCACAGAUCCAGCUUUAAGUUUGAAGGUGGUGGAUCACAUGCUCAAGCUUGGUUGGGAAGGUGAUGGGCUUAGCCCCCUUAUAAAAUCAUAGUAUUAGGGCAUUGAAUUUGGAUUAGUUGGAGGGUUAUUACUGAAGAUAGUAUUAGAAUACCACUAGAAUGAAAAUAGAAAGGGCAUGUUUGGCUGUGCCCCUAUGUGAAAGUCAGAUCAAAUGCGCAAUUUCAGUUCCUAGGCUGUUUUGUUGCGUGUAUCAUAUGUAUGUGUCCAACAAGCGAACAACCAUGUGUAUGCAUGCGUCCCUAUCUUCAGAUUCGUGGUGGGUUGUUCAGCAAUUUUUUUUUUUUUAUUUUGACAGAAUGGUAGCCUGGUUACCAUUUGAGAUUGAUGAGCUACACUGAGGAUUGAGCUAUUCAUUUUUGUCUUAUCAAUUUUGAGUGACAUAGUAAAUGGAAAUUUGCCACUGCCUUCUUGUAUCUUCUUCCACCACAUCACUUUUGUAAUUAUUUGCUUCCUUUAUUCAAUCCAAUAGCUUAAAUGGUGAGCUAUCCCCUUGGCUUUCCAAACUCUGUUGUAAAAUUAUCUGAUGGAUAAACAAAAUUUUAUGUGAUAACAUUUAUAAAUGAGAAAGUUGAAACUUUACCGUUUGGGUUGCA